UCCCCGCAGUGCCAAGGGCGCCGCCUCCCCCAUGCCGCCCUCGGGACUGCGGCUCCUGCCGCUGCUCCUGCCGCUGCUGUGGCUACUAGUGCUGACGCCCGGCAGGCCGGCCGCCGGACUAUCCACCUGCAAGACCAUCGACAUGGAACUGGUGAAGCGGAAGCGCAUCGAGGCCAUCCGCGGCCAGAUCCUGUCCAAGCUGCGGCUCUCCAGCCCCCCGAGCCACGGAGAAGUGCCGCCCGGCCCGCUGCCCGAGGCCGUGCUGGCCCUUUACAACAGCACCCGCCACCAGGUGGCCGGGGAGAGCGCCAGGCAGGAGCCCGAGCCUGAGACGGACUACUACGCGAAGGAGGUCACCCGCGUGCUCAUGGUGGAAAACAACGACGAAGUCUACAAUAAAGUCAAGCAAACCCCACACAGCAUAUAUAUGCUCUUCAACACAUCGGAGCUCCGAGAGGCUGUGCCCGAGCCUGUGUUGCUCUCCCGGGCAGAGCUGCGCCUGCUGAAACUCAAGUUAAAAGUAGAGCAGCACGUGGAGCUGUACCAGUUAUACAGCAACAAUUCCUGGCGCUACCUCAGUAACCGGCUGCUGGGUCCCAGCGACACGCCAGAGUGGCUGUCCUUUGAUGUCACUGGAGUUGUGCAGCAGUGGCUGAAACAUGGAGGGAAGAUAGAGGGCUUUCGCCUCAGUGCCCACUGCUCCUGUGACAGCACUGAUAACACACUCCAAGUGGACAUUAACGCAGGGUUCGGUUCCAGCCGCCGGGGUGACCUGGCUACCAUUCAAGGCAUGAACCGGCCCUUUCUGCUCCUCAUGGCCACCCCGCUGGAGAGGGCACAGCACCUGCACAGCUCCAGACACCGCCGAGACCUGGACACCAACUACUGCUUCAGUUCCACAGAGAAGAACUGCUGUGUGCGGCAGCUCUACAUUGACUUCCGCAAGGACCUGGGCUGGAAGUGGAUCCACGAGCCCAAAGGCUACCACGCCAACUUCUGCCUGGGGCCCUGCCCCUACAUUUGGAGCCUGGACACACAGUACAGCAGGGUCCUGGCGCUAUACAACCAGCACAACCCGGGCGCGUCGGCGGCGCCGUGCUGCGUGCCGCAGGCCCUGGAGCCGCUGCCCAUCGUGUACUACGUGGGCCGCAAGGCCAAAGUGGAGCAGCUGUCCAACAUGAUCGUGCGCUCCUGCAAAUGCAGCUGAGGCCCGGCCCCGCCCCGCAGGCCCCGCCCCCGGCAGGCCCGGCCCCGCCCCCCGCCCGCAUGCCGGGCUGUAUUUAAGGACACAUGCCCCAAGGCCACCUGGGGGUCCAUUAAAGCUGGAGAGAGGACUG